AUGGGGAAAAAGUUUUUUGAUAUUAAAAUAGUGCCAAUAAUUAACGAAUUCGAAGAUGUGUUCCCAGAUGAAUUGUCUGGUUUAACUAAUACUCCCAUCGCAUUCAUGGAUUUAAUGAAUAGAUUAUUUCGACCUUAUUGUGAUAGAUUUAUGGUGGUAUUUAUUGACGCUAUCUUGGUUUUACCAAAUGGUCCAGGAGGUUACGUUAUAUAUUGUGAUGCAUCAAGAGUUGGAUUGGGAUGUGUGUUGAUGCAAAACAAAAAAGGUAUAGCGUACGCCUCGAGCCAGCUUAAGAAGCAUGAGCAGAAUUAUCCUACCCAUGAUUUGGAGAUGACAGCGAUAGUAUUUGCCUUCAAGAUUUGGCACCAUUAUCUACAUGGGGAAAGCUUUGAAAUAUAUACUAAUCACAAGAGCUUGAAGUAUAUAGUUCAGCAAUGUGAUCUCAAUUUAAGGCAUGCCGAAUUGCUCAAAGAUUACGAUUGUACCAUUCAGUAUCACCCCGGUAAGGCGAACAUUGUAGCUGAUGCCCUAAGUCAAAAAUCUAUAGGCUUGGCCCAUGUGUCAAUCGAACGGGGAAGUCUAGUGCAUGAAUGGAAAAGCUGUAGCAUGGGGAUCAAGAUGGAUAUUAGUGGUCCUAAUACUCUUAUUGCUCAUUUUCAAGUGCGACCAAUGAUCAUAGAUCGAAUCCGCAAAGCUCAAGGUCAAGAUGAAUUUGUGAUGAAAAUUUUGGGAUCGGAAGAGCGAGAUCAGAAAUAUGUGUAUGGAGAUGAUAAACUGUUGAAGUCUGAAUUCCGAAUGUAUGUGCCUAAUCAAGAUAACUUGAGGGAAGAAAUUUUAGAAAAAGCCCAUAUUACUGCCUAUACUCAAGUUAAGGCUGAACAUGGGAAACCCCCAAGUUUGUUGCAACCCUUACUGAUUCUGGAAUGGAAAUGGGAACAUGUGGCUAUGGAUUUUGUGAAUGGAUUGCCCCGUGUUAGCGGAGGAUAUGAUUUGAUUUGGAUGGCGAAUCAGAACGUGUGA